CGCUUCUUAACCGACCAAUGAGAUCCAAUGCAGUUGAAAAUAAGAAAGUCGCGCAAAAUUCAUAACACAAUGUGUUAUUCUUAGAUAUUUUUUAUAAAAAUGUUAAGUUAAUUAUAGUUAUAGAAAUGGUGAAUGGUGUUAACAUGAUUAUUUAUGUUGAUUACGUACUUCUGAGUAUACUGUUUUUUCUCAUUUUAUUCACAUGUGGCUACUGUUUCUACCGUGUGCAUGGACUGCGUCGCAAUGGACAGAUUGGUGUACUGUUGCGGCCCACCAAAGUCGUGUUCUCACACAAAAGAGAAGGAGAUACUGUGGAACAGUUGAGAACCGUAGUCGCGUACCAAAACCCUUUUACGGGGGACUACUGUGUCCACAAAAGCAGGGUUGGCCAGAAUGGCUAUUUGAACUCCGUCCAAAUACCAGACUCUCCAGACAGUGGAGUCUCAGAUGAAUAUGAGCCGCUGAACUUGGACUCUGGAGCACAGGUGAAUGUACCCGAGGGGAGUAUACCGCAAAAUUUGGGGAAACGGGAGGAACUGAAGAAUAUUUCUAAUGGAAACUUGCAAGUGAAUCAUCCUGCCGACCCCGUAUACGACAAUAGCGUGAACAAAACAUGGAAUUGGACAUACAAGGAGUACCAAAUAUAAUAUAAUAUGUUUAUAAAGAUAAAAGGUAUUGUAAAUCAAAUGUAUUCUAAAAUUAAAAUACCGCAUCUAAAUCUUCACUUAUGAAAUUAACGUCACAAUUUGAAACUGAAAUUUUGUAACUUCAAGUUUGUGGUAGAAAAUGGAAUUUAGUUCAUCUAUAUUAACACUGAGAGAAGAUAUUAUAUCAUGAUUGAUGAAAACAUAGAAAAUAUAAUUUAAAAACUUGUAAUUUUACAUUUAUUACAACUGUAACACGAGAGGUAAUUUAACAACAUUUAGAUCUUUUAUAUGAAUUUAUAAUUAAUAACCUUUUUGCCCAUUAUUUUCUACGCGUGGAUUUUGGAAAUAAUCGAAAAUUUCUUUUUAUUAGAGGGAGACUUUGUACAAAACUCGAUUGCUUGGGUACCUCUGUCCCAUUCGUGUUUCUACCGUGAAGCAGUUGUGUUUGCAUGGCUGUGUUUCGGUUUGAAGGAUGGGAUAUGGCGUGAAUUUACUGGGUACAGAGGAAUAACACCUGAGUCCUCAGGAAUGGCAACGCAUGGAGGGUAUCAUGGGCGAAACAGUAUACUCUGUUAUGUCCAUGGUACUGCUCAUGUCUAUAGGCGACAGUUACCACUUUCCAUCAGGUGGGCCGUCAGCUUGUUUGUCAUUCUAAGUUGUAUAAAAAGAAAAAAAAAUUUCAUGUGCGUCGGUAGUCACUUACCAUCAGGUGAGCCGCACGCUCGAUAGCCCCCUGUGUUGUAAAAAAAAUACGAAAACAAAUAAAGUAUACUAUUUAUAGACGGAAUAUAAAAUAUAUAUCAGAUUUUAUGUUAGACUUUCAAAAAACAUAACUUUGAAAACCGCAUACAGUUUCGUGCUAUAGUUUUUCUAUGACGCUAGAACAAAUAUACGGAACGAUAAAAUUUCUAAAUAAUAUAUUGUUUUGAGAUCUAUUGCUGUUA